AAAGGGUUGGGGCCGGACGGACGAGAUGCGCAGUGCUGUCUGGACUCUUCCUGGCGCAACAGCUCGUUCUCAGUCGAUCCAGACAACAACAACAACAACAACUUGAAACAACAACUUGACAAUCAUUCCAAAUUUUUUAAAACAGCCGGCCCAUCAUAUCAUUUUGCCGGGCACAAAAGGAAAAACAAAAAAGUGAUUUGUGAUUUGUGUGUGUAUGUGUGUGUGUCGAGUGUCUGUGCACCAUAUUUCGAUUGGAAUUUCUACAUCAAAUAAUUUUAAAACAAUUUCGUUUGAUUUCGUGAGCGUGAAAGCAAAGCGGCCGAUUAAUGACACGCGCUGUGGCCGGCACCCAGAAAAAUUUAAGUGAGUGCGUGCUGCUGCUGAGCCCGUCGCUGUGUGUAGUACGUGAUUGAAACCCGAAAUUCUACACAGUUGGAAAUAACUACCGGACAGAUUUAUUUUUAAAAAAUUUGGGAUUUUUAUAAUAUGAUCCGAUUAUAAUCUCCAAUUCAACUGUCAUCUUUAAUCUUAUAGCCAAAGGAAAGCGGCUUAUUAUAGAUGUGUGUCUAACUCAAUUUGGUGGCCCGUCAGCUGUCCAGCAGCACGUGUCCGUUUGUUCUGUUAUAAUCAUCGAAAGAAUCAAAAGAAAUUGGAAAAUAAAACUAUAAAAAUUACGUGGGGGAAGUUACAACUUUUGAUCGAAUCAAAGCCGAUCGAUGAUUGUCGGUCCGUCAGCUGCUGGAGGCAUGUCCGACCUGGUGGCACAUCAUCAUCACAUGUCCGGCUUUGCCGCCCAUCACCACCAUCACCACAUGGGGCUGGGUGGCAUGAUGGCCGCCGGAAUGAUGCCGGGAAUGUCUUCGACGUCAACUGGGAUGACGUUGCCCAGUCAAUCUCCUCCUUCAUCCAACAACAACAACAACAACAACAACAAUUCGUCGUCUUCGGUUGGUGGGACGUCGUCGCUGAGUUCCGGCGGAAACGGCGGCGGUGCGGCCCUGCCGUCGUUCGGCUUCACGCAGGAGCAGGUGGCCUGCGUCUGCGAGGUCCUCCAGCAGAGCGGCAACAUUGAGCGGCUGGCCCGUUUCCUCUGGUCGCUGCCGGCCUGCGACCAGCUGCACAAGAACGAGAGCGUUCUCAAAGCCAAGGCCGUCGUCGCCUUCCACCGCGCCAAUUUCAAAGAACUCUACAAACUCCUGGAAACCCAUCCAUUCUCGCCGCACAAUCAUCCCAAACUACAGGCUCUUUGGUUGAAGGCGCAUUACAUCGAGGCGGAAAAGUUGCGCGGGCGGCCGUUGGGUGCGGUGGGCAAGUACCGGGUGCGCAGAAAGUUCCCGCUGCCGCGGACCAUUUGGGACGGAGAGGAGACGAGCUACUGCUUCAAGGAGAAGUCGCGAUCGGUGCUCCGCGACUGGUACGGCCACAAUCCGUACCCGUCGCCGAGGGAGAAGCGCGAGCUGGCCGAGGCCACCGGCCUGACGACCACCCAAGUCUCCAACUGGUUCAAGAACCGGCGGCAGAGAGACAGGGCCGCCGAGCACAAAGACAGAGUGUCGGGCGGAAGUUCGGCCAAGGACGGCGGAGACGGCGCCAACGACGCCUCGGCCCUGGACGAAUCCGGGUCCGAGUCGCUGGACGGAGACGGUCCCGACGUUGCCAUGGCGACGUCGUCGCUGGCGUCGGCGCGUCACUCGGCCGCCCUGUUGGACACGCCCUCGCCGCCGCCCCCUCAUCACAUCCAGCACCACCACCACCACCAUCACCACCACCAGCAACAACAACAACAACAACAACUCAACAACAUGGCCGCCGCACUGGCCAACUCCCUCCCGCACCACGGCAGCAACCAGGACUCGCUGAUUGGUGGCGGAUCGAUCGGCGAUUUGUACCCGGACCUGAAACUGGCGUCCGUCUACCACACGAGCCACCAGUUGCAAAUGGCGUCGGCGGCGGCGGCUGCGGCGGCUGCGGCGGCCGCAGCCGCCGCUUUUGGCUCGCCCGGCCACCACGUCACCUCGCACCACCCGUCGCACGCCGAUCUGGCCCAUUCUCUGCUCCAGCAACAACAACAACAAUCGACCGGGCCUGCCCAGCAGCAGCCGACGGCCCACGACUACAACAAUCCGCACGCCAAUUCGUGACGACCACCGUAGAUUUAAAAAUUCAAAAAUUAUUCAAAUUUCAAUUGAGUUUAUUUUCCCGCCAGAAAAAUUCAAAUUGAUUAUAUAAUUCCCUUUUUUUUUAAAUUCAAAAUUUCAUUUGCUAUAUUUCGCCAACCUAUUCCAUUCCAAAAAGAAAAGAUGUGUAUAAUCAAUUUUUUAAUUUUCAUAAAAAAGUAGUAUAAAACAAUUUUGAAGCGGAUAGGAAUUUUUUUGUCAAAAAAUAUGAACCCAGUGAUUGAAUUUUUUUUUCCCGCUUUUUUAAUUGGACAGCAAAACAAAAAGAAUUCAAUUGGCGCCAAAACAAUAAUAUUUUAUUGCUAAUUUUUCCCUUCUCUCUGGCCUAUUAUAUAUAUAUCGAAAAAACGGAUCGACUCAUCUAAAACAUUUUAAUUCUCCAUUUGAAAAUUAUUAUUAUUUUUUUUUUUCAAACGAAAUUUUCGCGGUCCAAUCGAAUGAUAUAUAUUUAAAUGACGGGGGGUUUUAUUACAUUUAUAUAUCUUGAUCAGAAAAAAAAAUCAAUUUGUUCUCUCCAUUUUGUGUUUAUACAGUAAUCAAUCAAUCAAUAAUUUAGAAAAAACAAAAAUGUUUUCUUGUCUAAAAUCCAAACCAAAAUCAUCAGCUUUUUUUUAUCUUCUGAAUUUUAAUUUUUCCCCAGACCCACCCUUAAAGAAAAAAACAUUUUUUCAAUUUUUUGUUGGUUUCAAUUUCCUGGUGUUCGUAUUAUGUCAUCAAUUAGUGAAUGUGUAAUAAUCUGUUGUUUUUUUUUUCUUUUGUAAUGUGUGUCUCUCUCUCAAUACUCGACUGCUGGACGCUGUUGUACAAAAAUACCAAAACGAUUUGAAAACAAAACAAAAAUUCACAAA